AUCGAAACUCAGAAUUGUUCUUAGCCGCGCCUGUUUCGGUGCAGGGAUCCCCCGAACACCCGGCAAAAAAUCCCCGUCGGCCCCACAAACCGAUUAAAUCGAAACAUCCCAACCCCGUUUGAACGUAAUCCGUGGCGUUCACUCAUUCCGGUGUGAAACCUCCAACGUCGGCGGCGAAUUCAGUGGAACAUCAUUACAAUCUCUCCUUAAAACUUGACUUACCUCAGCCGAGUUACGUUCACGAAACCUUCACGAACACGAAAUCCAUUUCUCACGCCGCCAGCCAAUAAUCUUUUCCCUCUUCUUAUAGACCUUCGUCCCAUAAAAAAAUAAUGCCAAAACCGCCUUAAAGACAUCCUCAAAUUCUUCAAUCUUCGCUCUCUCCAUCAUGUGCAGAUAAGAAGCAUGUGCAGAUCGAGAAAAUCUGCAGACGCGAUCCAACCCACCACCAGCGCCGCCGCCGCCGCCGCCGCCGCCGCCCGACCCUCCAAGUCGUCGAGAACCUCCAAGUCCUACCACUCCUCCAACCCUUCCAACCCGUCUUCCUCCUCCUCCGCCUCCCUCAACCUGAACAGCUACAGCUACAACUCCAAUUCCUCCUCCCUCUCUGCCGGCCAGCAGUCCCUGUCCAGGAUCAAGCAGUUCCUCCCCGAGACGCCCCUCAUCUACACCCUCCCCGACCUCCGCCUCGCCACCGGCAACUUCCUCGCCGGCCGCCUCUCUUCCUCCUCCUGGCGCUGCGCCCUCCGCGGCCGCGACGCCGUCGUCUUCCAGCGCCGCCUCAAGCGGCCCCUCGACGGCCCCAAGCUCGGCCGCCGCCUCUCCGCCAUCACCAAGAGCCACCACAGCAGCCUGGUCAAGGUGCUGGGCGCCGCCGUCGCCGGGAACUACGUCUACCUGGCGUACGAGUUCGUGGAGGGGGCGAACCUGUCGGACUGCCUGAGGAACAAGGUGAACCGGGCGUUCACCGUCCUCUCGUCCUGGGUGACCCGGAUGCAGAUCGCCGCCGACCUCGCCCACGGCCUCGACUACAUCCACCACUGCGCGGGCUCCGCCACCGGCGCCGGCGGGGGGUCCGGGUUCGUCCACAACCACAUCAAGAGCUCGAGCAUCAUCGUGACGGAGCCGUCGCUCAAUGCGAGGAUCUGCCAUUUCGGGACCGCCGAUCUGUGCGGCGAGGCGGCCGAAGUGGUGGAGGAGGAGGAGGAGGGCGCCUCAGAGCCCGGGAGCGGCCCGACCCUGAAGAGGACGAGCAGCAGGGGAGUGAAAUUGCAGGGCACGAGAGGGUACAUGUCGCCGGAGUACCUGGUCACGGGGGUGGCGACGCAGAAGUCGGACGUGUUCGCGUUUGGGGUGGUGAUCCUGGAGCUGCUGAGCGGGGAGGAGCCGCUGCGGUACUGCUUCGACGGGGAGGACGGCGGCGGGGGUUACCGGAGGAUGAGCGUGAUAGACAGCGCGAGGGAGGCGGUGGAGGGAGGGAAGGUGAGGAGGUGGGUGGACAUAAGGCUGAAGGACUCGUACCCGGAGGAGGUGGCGGAGAGGAUGGUGAGCCUGGGGCUGGAGUGCGUAGAGGAGGAGGCGGAGAGGAGGCCGGACAUGAGCCAGGUCAGUGCCGUGAUCUCCAAGCUGUAUUUGGAUUCCAAGGCUUGGGCUGAGAAGUUCGGCUUGCCUGUGGAUUUCUCUGUGUCCAUGGCACCUCGGUGAGUCGAAAGGCGAAAUUUUUUUUGCAGAUCGUCUUUCUUUUCCUUGAAACCCAUUCAUCGGACAGAAAAUCUGGAUUGAAUUCCAUUGUGGUAUGUUACGACUGGGUCGGAUAGACUCGGUCUUUGCAAUACUUGCUCCUUUCAUUUACAAUAGUACUAGUGCGUGUAUCGAGCUUUGUGCGAAUGGUGUUCCGAGACCUGUAUCAUCCCGACACGGGGCUGGUGAUGAGCUCGCCUAUUCUAGACAACAACUGGGUCGAGAGCAAUGCUCAGUGACGACCUCUCGGAAGUCCUAAAUUCAAAGGGUUCGCAGCCAACGCGAAUCCUCAAACGAUAAGCCCAAGAGUGUGGCUGCAGCCACGAGUUCUCUCAGCAAAAAGAUUGGCAGGCAGGCGGGGAGGAUCUUGAUCUGUUCAAGCAGGUCUUGCUGAGGAACUUCGAUUGGAGAUCUGCGAAGUGGUUGAGGGAGAUGGGGGGUGAUUUUUUGUAUAGAGUGACAUUUCUUCUCGGAAUACUUGUAUAGACACUGCAUUUUGGUGAGUAUAAUCAUACAGGUUGAAAUAAUAGUACUAGUGCAUGUAUCAAGCUUUGUGCGAAUGGAUCUCCAAGACCUGUAGCAUCCCGGCAUGGCUGCCUGGUGAUGAGCUCGCCUACUCUGGACAACUGGGUUGAAAGCAAUGCUCAGUGAUGACCUCUCGGCAGUCCCAAAUUCAAAGGGUUCACAGCCAACACAAAUCCUCAAACGAUCAGGCCAAGAGUGCGGCUGCAACCAUGAGUUCUCACAGCAAAAGGGUUGGCAGGCAGGGAGGAUCUUAAUUUGUUUGAGCAGGUCUUGCUGAGGAACUUCGAUUGGAGUUCUGCGAAGUGUUUAGGGAGAUGGGGGCUGAUUCUUUUGUAUAGAGUGACAUUGUCUUCUCAGAAUAUUUGUAUAGACACUGCAUUUUGGUGAAUAAUCAUACAUGUUAAACAAUUUUUUCCUAAGUACAGAGGAGGUUCUCUCCGACACUGCAUCACUGAUCCGACCUUGAUGUCAAGGGAGCUUUUUUGAGCUUAAGAGGAAGAGUGACAAUGAGCGAGUUGAAGAGCGACGACCUCUCAGCAGUCCUAAAUUCGAAUGGUUGACAGCCGAUAUGAAUCCUCAAAUGGUAAGGCUAAGAGCACGGCUGCAACCACUGAGUUCUCUCAGCAAAAGGGUUGGCAGGCAGGCAGGGAGGAUUUUGAUUUGUUCAAGCUGGUCUUGCUGAGGAACUUCGAUUGGAGUUCUGUGAAGAGUUUUUGAGGGAGAUGGGGGGUGAUUCUUUUGUAUAGACUGACAUUUCUUCUCGGAAUACUUGUAUAGACACUGCAUUUUGGUGAAUAUAAUCAUACAUUUUAUACAA